AAUAAGUUUACAGAGUAGAGAAGCUUUUAAAUUCGAAUCAGGGGCAAAUCCGUAAAAUAUUCCUUUUUUUUUUUCCUUUUUCCUCACUACUUUAUAUCUCUAACCUUUAACUUUUUUUUUUCUUCUUCUUCUUCUUACUCUUCGUCUUCUUCUUCCUCCUCUGUGUCUGUUCAUCGGAAAAGGAGAUUUUGUUUUUUUGUUUUGUUUGUGUGGCGGCGUAGCCAUGGCGGAGAUAAGUCAUCCUCCAAUGGAACAGCUUCAAGACCUUGAAUAUUGCAUCGACUCUAACCCUCCUUGGCCCGAGACGGUGUUACUAGCAUUCCAAAACUACAUACUAAUGCUUGGAACAAGUGCUUUUAUACCCGCAUUGCUCGUUCCAGCUAUGGGUGGCUCUGAUGGGGACAGAGCGCGGGUUAUACAGACAUUACUCUUUGUAGCUGGUAUCAAAACACUUCUUCAAGCUCUCUUUGGUACAAGGUUGCCUGCUGUUGUUGGAGGCUCUCUUGCUUAUGUUGUCCCUAUUGCUUAUAUCAUCAAUGACUCUUCUUUGCAAAAGAUAUCUAAUGAUCAUGAGAGAUUUAUUCAUACAAUGCGUGCUAUACAAGGGGCGUUGAUUGUAGCAUCAAGCAUACAGAUUAUUCUAGGAUAUAGCCAAGUUUGGGGUCUUUUCUCAAGGUUCUUCAGUCCUCUAGGAAUGGCACCGGUUGUCGGAUUGGUUGGUCUCGGGAUGUUUCAGCGAGGAUUUCCUCAGCUCGGGAACUGCAUCGAGAUUGGACUACCGAUGCUAUUGCUUGUCAUUGGACUAACCCAAUAUCUAAAACAUGUUAGACCAUUUAAAGAUGUCCCAAUCUUUGAAAGAUUUCCGAUAUUGAUCUGUGUUACAAUUGUUUGGAUCUACGCUGUAAUUCUGACCGCAAGUGGUGCUUAUAGAGGCAAACCAUCACUUACACAGCAUAGUUGUCGAACAGACAAAGCUAAUCUUAUUUCAACAGCUCCAUGGUUUAAGUUUCCAUACCCUCUCCAGUGGGGACCUCCUACAUUUUCAGUAGGCCAUUCGUUUGCUAUGAUGUCUGCGGUUCUUGUAUCCAUGGUCGAGUCUACUGGAGCUUACAUUGCGGCUUCAAGAUUAGCUAUAGCCACGCCGCCUCCUGCUUAUGUAUUGAGUAGAGGCAUUGGAUGGCAGGGCAUUGGUGUAUUGCUUGAUGGUCUAUUUGGAACAGGCACAGGCUCUACUGUUCUAGUUGAAAAUGUAGGACUUCUAGGGUUAACAAGAGUUGGUAGUCGUCGUGUUGUUCAAGUAUCUGCAGGCUUCAUGAUUGUUUUCUCAACAUUGGGCAAAUUCGGAGCUGUUUUCGCAUCGAUACCAGUCCCGAUAUACGCAGCGUUGCACUGCAUCCUCUUCGGCCUUGUUGCUGCGGUUGGUCUCUCAUUUCUUCAGUUCACAAACAUGAACUCAAUGAGAAACCUAAUGAUCACCGGACUUUCGCUCUUUCUCGGAAUCUCCAUACCUCAAUUCUUCGCUCAGUACUGGGACGCUAGACAUUACGGAUUAGUUCACACAAACGCAGGAUGGUUCAACGCAUUCUUGAACACGUUAUUCAUGUCACCAGCAACAGUUGGUCUAAUCAUUGCAGUAUUCAUGGACAACACAAUGGAAGUAGAGAGAUCAAAGAAAGAUAGAGGCAUGCCUUGGUGGGUCAAGUUUAGAACUUUCAGAGGUGAUAAUCGUAAUGAAGAGUUCUACACUUUGCCUUUUAACCUCAACAGAUUCUUCCCUCCUACAUAGUUAGUAAACUUAAUCAAUAAUAAAACUUUGAUUGGUUUAUGAUUAUUCUUUUUUGAUUAAGUGGUCUCUAAUUUAUAACCAUCGUUGGAAGUAGAUUACUUCAACAUUCAAUUUUAUCACUUUUUUUUGUCUGUAGAUUCAAUAAAGAUCAUUAAUUUAAUAAUUGUUAUAGAUUUAUUCAUUAGACUUCUGUU